UCAGAAGUCUGCGACGCCCUGCGCGUCACCUGAUCUUUACGUGGGAAAGCAGGUAACUGCAUUGAUUGAAACACCUGCGUAAAAUAGAUCGUGACAGGAGAGAAGUUGCGUUCAGGUAGGUGACGGCAGAGCUGCAUGCGGAGUGUGAGUGCACUUCACAGUGUAGAAACGUAGAGUCCUGCAGCACCUGUCGUCAACAUGGAGCAGACUGAGGAGCCGGGCAGGAUGCCUCUGAACGCUGGAGCCACCGGGUACGGCAGCGUGGCAGGCCCCCGGCUGUCGGCCAGCGCGGGCGGCUCGGAGUCGGCCCCGCUGCUCAUCCCGGAGCCUGAACCGGAGCCUUUCCAGCAGUGGCAGCCCCUGACCAAGGAGGAGCUGGAGGUCGCCGCGGGGGGUCCCGGGUGGAGGAAGGCGCGUUGUUCCCUGAUGCUGAUGUUCUGGCUGGCGUGGCUGGCCAUGCUCGCCGUCGCCAUCGCCAUCGUCGUAAUGAGCCCGCGCCCCGUUGAAACGCCACUCAAGUGGUGGCAGAAGUCGCUGUUCUACCGGCUGCAGCCUGACCUGCUCACGGAGAAGCACGCCGGCGGGUCAGGGGGCCUCGAUGCACUGUGUGAGCAGCUGCCCUACCUGAGGGCCCUGGGUAUAGGAGCUCUAAUCCUGGAGGGUCUGUUUGACAAGAAGGCCUCUCCUUCGAACCUCAAUGCCACUGGUGAAAGAUUUGGGGCUUUGCCUCAGAUCCAGCAUCUGCUUGCAGAGAGCAACAGAGCAGAUCUCAAAGUGGUGUUGGAGGUCUGUGAAGUGGAUCUAUUGGGGCCUCAGGAUGUAGCGGGAAACGAAGACAACACAUCAAAACUCUCUGCCACAGUACAAAAAUAUGCAGAUACUUUUCCACUUCGGUUCUGGUUGGAGCAGGGUGUGGCAGGCUUUGCAAUCUGUGACACAGAUGCAGAGUAUUCAGGAAAGACACUCCUGGAGUGGAAAGGUGUCUUUAACGAAUUCAGCAGUGAGGAGAAGGAAAGGAUUGUGGUGGUCAAACAGACAAAGGACGUUUUGCUGCCUCUAAAAUCCUUCAGCCAGGGCAAUGUUCCGCUGGUGGAUGUGGUCAUGAGGUCAAUUCUUCCAUCUUCACAACACCUCCUGUCUGCUAAGGAAGUCGCUGCUGCCAUAGAGACACACCUGCAAACAAGUGUAGAAGACAUAUGGCCCAGCUGGACAGUUGGAGGUAAAGCAUCCAUUGACUUGAAGGAAUUACUCCUGUUAUUGGUGAUGACUCUGCCAGGGUCACCUGCAGUACAGUAUGACGAAGACCUCGACCAAGUACAGAAUGUGUCUCUGAAAGUCGUCUCAUCACAUAGAGACACAAACAAAUCAUCAGACACCCACACAGACGAGGAGAAGAAGCGUUCAGUUGCAGCUCUCUUCUCCACCCUCAGUCACUCCAGAGCCAGAGAAGAAGCUCUUCUGUUUGGCAGUUUUACUUUCCUCCCCUUCAAUUCUUCCACCUACUCCUCCUCAUCUAACUCCACUCUUCCCUCUCCAUCCCCACCGAUCCUGGCCUUCUUGCGCUCCUGGGGUUGUGUCCACUUCCUCAUUCUGCUCAACGUCGGGCCGGAGCCUGGAGCCCUGGAGCCCACCCGGGCCCCGAGCCUGCCCAAAGCUGGGGUCUUUGUGGCCAACACAAGAAUGGACCGCAUGGGUUCGACAACUCUGGACACAUUGGAACUGCGGCCCCAUGAAGCCAUCGUCAUCAAACUGUUCGAGCCAGGAAGCUACUCGUAGAGCUCAGCAGUCAAUUGUGAGGAGAUUUAGCCGUCUGGAUCUGUUUUCCACACAGAAGCACACAUGUCUGACACAAUUGUUCGAUGUGUUCUGGUCACGGAAAAUAUGCAUGUGG